AUGGCAACGGUCUCGGGAGCUUGCGUGAUAAAUAAAGUGUCUGGUCUCCUCCAGAUCAGAGAAGAUACCACUCCCUCCAAACUAAUAUGGAAGGCAAUCGACCAGGACAAACUGUUGGAUGUGCCGCUCAACAACCUCUCGCGCCUCCAGGCUUCGCCUGAAACGUCGCCCAAGAUGCUUCUCCGUUUGUUCUACCUGGUUGAAGGAACUUCGGAGAUCCAGGAUGUGAAGCUCUCAUUCAAUAACCGCCAAACCAUGACCGUGGUCAAGGAGGCGCUUCAGACUAUCGUCACAAGACAGAAGACCGUCAUCAAGGAUGCUGCGACUCCAGCGUUUGGCUCGGCAACUCCACAGCCAGGUACACCGGCGCCAGAAGCAAGCUCUGGACAGCCCGUACCGUCUCGAGACGCAUUGGACUUUUCAACGCCAGAAUCGUUGAGCUCUGCUGAGCUUCUCAAAAAUAAAGCCCUCCAAGAAAAACUUCUCCGUGAGGACCGUAUGCUUCGAAGCAUCUUCAUGGAGUCUGUGAUCAAGUUCAAGCUCAAUCCGGGCGUCUUUUGGUCCAGUAGAAUUAACCAGCUACGUACAUAUGCAUUGACUAUAUCUCAACAUAGAGGCCCGUACAAUGUUCUCUCUACGAUCAAGCCAGUGGCAACGUCCGAGAAUCAAGUCAAUGUCAACGUGACCAGAGACACGAUCAAUGAGAUUUUCGAGACUUAUCCGGUGAUCCGCCGCGCGCACAAUGAACUCGUGCCUAAGAAAUUGAGCGAGGGUGAAUUUUGGUCUCGGUUCUUCAACUCGAAGCUAUUCAGAAGACUUCGUGGUGAUAAAGUGAACAAUUCGAACACCAGGGGCGAUGUCAUUAUAGACAAAUAUUUGGAUGAUGAUCCAGGCUCAGUUGAAGCCGAAAAUCUGAACGGCUCAACUCAUCAAUUUGAAGACGACAAGCGAGUUAACAAGACAAUCGAUCUUCUCGGCAAUGAGGUUGACAAUUCCCAAAAGCUUGGAGCUGCUCCAGACUUCACCAUGAAGUUUUCUAACCAAAAUGACAAAAAAGAUAAUCAGUUAGGCAGAGGCGAGGGAGGAUCUGACAGAAAAGAGAAUGAAAUGAUCAUUCUCAUGCGGAACAUGAACAAGCUUUCGAGUAAGAUGGUAAGUUACACAUCUGGUGAAACACCUCAGUCGCUGCACUCAAAGGAAACUCUUGACGAGAUUGAAAGAGAGCUUGUCAUCUCAGAUUUGAAUGAAGCCGAGGAUGUUGGCUACGUCGAACUCAAUAUGGAUUUCGAAAGUGCUCGGUAUUCGCUUCAAUCCGACCAACCCGUUGUACCAAGCUCGGACUCAUUGACAAAAGAGAAGACGAAAUCAUUUCUAGAAAGCAACAUUUUCAUACUGUCUCAUGGCGGCAUCGAUUUGAGUGAUACUUACAACAAAAACACCGAGGAAAUACAUCGUGCAAGCCAGGAUAUCUCUGCCUUGGUCAAACAUAAUUUCAGGGUCUACAAGCUGCUCCAUAACCUUAGGGAUUCUCUGUCUUCGGGUCCUCCUCUCAUCCCCGAAGAUCAGAUCCAAGAGCUCAUCACAUUCAACAUGACACUAGUUGAAUUUCUUCUGCACUUUUGGAAUUUACUUUUCAAUCUGGGAAACCCGGGUGUUAUCAAAAAGCUCUUUGCGACCCUUCGAACUUGCCAAACAUCAUUAACAGCCUUGCAUGAUAAGAUCAAGGAGACCAUUAUGAGUUGCGAGCCAAUUUCAGGAAACGAGAAAAUGCGAGAGAAGUUAUGUAAGGAUCUUGAUAAUUGCUUACUGCCUCUCACCUCGGGUCUCUCACAAGCAAUAAAAGAAUAUGUUACGGCAGCUCGUGCCGCACAAGAGUCCGAAGUCAAUGAAAACGGUAAACGGCCACUACCUGCUUAA